CGGACUGCGUAGUGCGGAUACAACUUGGCUACCCAAGGCAACGAACCCAGAGAGAGAGCACCAAACCGCACCGAAAAGCCAACACCCCCGGCCCGCGCGCCGGCGUCCUCCUAUGCUCGCCGUCGCCGGCGACGGGAAGGGCCGCCGACGCUCAGUCCUGCCGAAGGAACGCCCAUCCGGCCGUCUUAUCCGCCUCCUCGCCGCGCUCCGCCCCUCCCGCGCCGGGCCCCUCCCCGUCCAGACCGGCUUUCCCACCUCUCUCGCCGACCUCGUCGUCAAGAACCAUGGUCGCCUCAAGAAGCAUCCCUCCCCGUCCUCCAAGCGCGGCGCCGCCGCUUCGCCUUCGCCUUCGCCUUUGCCUUCCCCAUCCACCCCCACCUCGCCAUCGCUGUUCCCGCCGGCUGAGUCUCCGCCUCCACCGACGACCGCCGACGCAGUCUCACCGUCGGAUCGGCCCAGGCCCGACCUUCCGCCGGCCCAGCCCCCACGCCGCGGCAAAGGCAGUGGCUUUGGCCCGGGCCUGGGCCUGGGCCUGGGCUUCCUGGCGGUCAGCGGCGUGGUGGCGUCCCUCGCACUCCUCGUGAUCUGGAGCAAGGUGGUUGCGGCCGUUACCGUGGCCUCCUUCUCACUCUACCUGCUCGAGUCCGUGAGGUCGUCCUCGCUCCCCAGGCGGCGGCCCCGGGCGGUGGUGACCGAGAGGCGGCUUGCCCUGGACGGCCGCGGGCGCGUCUCGCCGAUCCGGGAGGUUGACGCGGCGACCGAGCCGUCGCGGCCGAGCUGCUGCUCGGAUUCCGACAGGGAAAGCGACGGCCGCAUGCUGCUCGUCGAAGAAAGCGGCGGCGUCCUGGACGAAUCAAGCAACCUGAGGCCGAAGGCGAAGAAGAAGUCCUGGAAGAAGCUGCUCGCCAGCUCCAAGAAGCUGCACAGAGGACGGAGGAGUAAGGAGGCGGGUUCGUCAGGCUGCGACGGCGACGGCGACGGCAGCCGAGAGGGUGAUGACACGGCGCGCGGCGGCGGCAAUGCAAAGGCGGCCGAUUCGUCGGGCUCCCGCCGUGGCGCGCCCAGCGAAAUCGGUGCCGCCGCGGACGAAGCCGCUGCGAAAGAGGCGGAUUCUUCGAGGGGUUCUCGCGGCAGCCAAUGCGUAGAAGUAGAUGCUGGGCACGUGGAAAUCGAUGCGUCGGUGGACGACCUAAUCGAGGAGGAGGAGGAGGAGCAGGCAGGGAUCCGGUCUCCUGCUCUAGUUCUGGUCGCCAUCGUCCUCGUCGGCCUGGUCGCCGGGAAGGUGGUGGCCCUGGCGGUGACGGUGCUCUGCUCCGCGUUCCUUAGCUCGGUUCAGAGAUCGCCUUGCGCUUGCGGGUGUGGUGGUGGCGGUGGUUGCUCGCACGGCGGGCGGUUGGAGCUUUCCAUGCCGUAGUAAUUAUUGUAGAUGAGUGGACAGCAGAUUUAAAGAGAAGAAAGAUAGCACUUGAUGUUUGUUC